GCCGAUGGGAAGCAUUAGAUGGCGUCGACCUCCAGGACGAGCUCCGCCACCCAGUGCCCACGCUCCAGGAUGUGCCACCCUUCCUGCGAGCCGCAGUCGUCUCGGUGCACACGGGGGCCACCAACCCUCGAAACGCUUGUUGGAUGAGUGGUGAGAGCUGGCGUACGCAGGGCGCUGGAAACAUUGUUGUUAUUGAUGCCGCAUCCUAUUGA